GUCACUUUUAAAACCCUAGUAGUUUAUAGGAGCUUUCUUUUUUAUUCUUUCUUUUGUUCCAUACUUCCAAUACUAGCUGCUCUUCCAUCUUCAAAGAGUUAUCCUACAGAGUAAUAGAAUCAUAAAAAAAACAAAGAAAGUUAACCCUGCAAUAUAACCCAAGCUAGUGUGCUAAUAGAUAUAUGCCUUGCAACUUCCCCUAUAAUCUCUAAAUACUUACCUUUGCUAGUACGUACUCUUCUUUGCCUAGCUUUUUAGCUAGUACGUACUCUUCUUUGCCUUCAUUUGCUGAUCUUGCACUUCAACUUAACGUGGUUCAGAGGAUAGAAGAAACCAAAAACAUGAUGGAUAGUAAUCGCGAUGAAGUAGUAGUGUCAAGAACGACGAAAUCAUUGAUGAUGAGAGUUCUUGUGUUAGUGAGCUUUGUGGGGUUUUUGAUUAUUGUUAACGAGGUUACUGUUAUACCAAGUAGUACUAGUGAAGAACGGAUGCCAUUGUCGUCGUCAAGAACAACGGAAACAACGAGAACAAGUAUAUCAGCAUCAUCAUCCUUAGGAAAUAGUAAUGGAAGACAUAGUAGUAAACCUACUGCUACUCCUCGUGUUGAUAAGAGAAGUUACAUGUCGAGCGAAAGAAGAGUUCCUAAUGGUCCUGAUCCCAUUCAUAACAGGAGAGCAAGGAAGUCCAAAGAACCACCAGGCCGAGCUUAGUUAGGCUUUCAAAUUUAAAAUCCUUAUAGUAUUAAUAGAGUUUUGAAAAUGCUAUUCAUUGAAUUUUGUGAAAAAAAUUGAUGUGAUUUGAUUGAUUACAAUGUAGUGUUGAUAAUUUGGAUU